AUGCUGCAAGCAGCCAGAUCUGCGAAGGUCGGAGACUUGCUGACACUUACCCAGCCCAGUAGGAGCCUCAAGUCGGGGAAGCACGAGAACCGUGUUGGGGUAGCGCUCAGAAGGACCAUGCCACCCGAAAGCAGCCAACUGCACCUGCGAGGUAUCCGUGGGCAGGUGGACGCGGAGGCUGCUGGCAGCCAGGAAGAAGCUGUCCCCCAGGUAGGAGUGGCCAACCCCAGCCCCAAUUCAUUCCCGUUCCCUCACCCCCCAGGGCCAGCCACCCUGGUCUGCACCGGGAAAAGUUUCCUACCCCUAGCAUUAGCCCCGCACCGGAGGAAGCUGCGGGCGGUGGCGGUGACGAUGCUGCAGGACCGGUGCAGGUGGAUGCGCGUCAGCGCUCACAGGGCCCUGCUCAUCCUGGGCAUCCCGGAACACCGUGAUGAAGCCGGACUCCAAGAGUCUCUGGAGGCCGCCCUGUGGCCGGUGGGCCACUUUACCGUGCUGGGCAAAGUGUUUCGAGAGGAGGAGAAUGCCACUGAGGCCCUGGUCGAGCUUCACCGGAAAGUCGAUUAUGCUUUGGUCCCCAGGGAAAUCCCAAGCACUAGAGGUCCCUGGAACAUGGUCUUUGUGCCCCGAUGCUCAGGAAAGGAGUUUCUAGGUGGCGCGUUCCCCUUCCUGUGGCAACAGGGGCAGACGGUGGAGAGUGUGGCCGGUGCCCUGGGGCUGAGGCUGGGGCUGAGGCUUGGGCUGCGCAGGGUGUGCUGGCUCCCAUCCAUCAGUCAGGCGGUCCAGCCUUGGGUGAAGACCCUGCGGUACCAGCGCCUGGGCGUGUCUUCCGGGAGGGACCCGGACCCCGGGGAGGAAUCCUGUGAGGCCUGGCUAGACCAUACCUCUGCCAUGCUGCAUGUGCGGCGUGGGGUUUUGGAAAGGGAGAGGAGGAGGAGGAGGCUAAUGGAAGGCCUGCGAGGGAUGGCCCAGCAGUUUGUGCCCAGGAUCCUGGUGGAGAACUCUGCCAGGACCGCACAGGACUGCCUGGCGGCUUUGAUCCAGGUGUUUGGAGACAACGAGUCCCAGGCGACCAUCCGGGUGAAGUUUGCUCAACAGCAGUCAGGUGAGUGCCUCUCUGCUUUUGUGUUGCGGAUGGAAGCCCUGCUGCACAAAGCCAUCAAGAGAGGGACCCUGACCAGAGCCUCAGCUGACCGUGUGCCCCUGAGGCAGGUGCUCACUGGGGCCAGCCACACUGAGCCCCUGGAUGAAGCACUGGCAAAGCUGAGAGUGGUUGGGAGGCCUCCACGUCUCAUGGAGAUGCUGAGGAGCGUCUGAGAGUCUGCGGCGUGGGAGGCCAGUCUAGCCAGGAGCAAGAGAGCCCAGGCAGGGGAAGGGGCUUCUGCCCGGGCCAAUGCCCAGGCUGAUGCCAGAGCCAGAGCUAAGGCAGAGGAUGACAGUGUGGAGGAGGAACAGGGGGAGGUGCACGUCGACGACAAGGACCCCACACCUGCGCGCCCAGGUCAGGCGGGACACUCAGGGGCCCCCGGAGGCCCCACUGCUCCCUGGAUGGGCAGGGCUUCCCCGGCGGGCCCAGGAGGUCCGGGCUGGGAGCCCGAGGAGGGGCUCAAGUCCAUCCCAGACGAGCCAGGAAAUGAGGACGGGGCUGCGGAGAGAAGCAACUCCAAGUCCUCAUGUGGCCAAUAGGCUCAGCAGGCCCUGGGGGGCCCCCGGGCCCGGAGGCAGGAGGAGGCCCGGCCAGGCAGCCUCCUGGCCCCACACGGGGAGCAGGGUGGAGGGAAAGGCCAGCCCAGCCCAGCUCAGCCCAGACCAAGCCCCUGGGUCCCCCCCACCACCCCCAAGGGGCCUUGGCCACCACCAUCAGUCCUUCCAAGUGACCAAGAUGACCAUGUUUGACACCAAACUAGGCAGGGAGAGAUGCCCCCCUGCUUUGCCACGGCAGCACCACAUCCAGCCCCUGCUCCAAAGCCUGCCAACUCAGGCGGCUGACCUGGGAGCAGCCCUGAGUGACCAGCUCUCACCUGGGUGAGGGGCACCUGCAGAUGGCUGCCACCCACACUGGCCUGGGAGACAUUACGGGGAACCUCAAGGUGCCUGGGCCUCCCUCCUGAGAGGGGACCCCUAUUCAUCAUCCCCUGGGGCAGGUUGCUCCCUGUACUGGCAAGCCCAAAUGUGUCCCUGUAGGCCCCAGAGGGACCCAGGUGUCAAGGAACCCCCCAGCCCCCGCUCCCCUCCCACCAACACACACACCCUAGCCAUCGUGCCCCCGCAGAGCCCUGAGGUGCGCCACGUGCCAGCCAAGGCUCUGGUCUCUGUGGGCCAGUGUCGUGAGCUCAACGUGUGCUUUCUGGGCAUAGAUUCAGGCCCAGCGCUGCCUGUUGUUGUGGAAAUGUGCAUGUGUUCUCCUCUGAGCAGUUCCCCCAACCCCUGCGCGGCGUGGAGACCCCGAGCCCAGUCCCAGGAGCCGGCGGGAAGGACGGGAUGGACGAGGUCACAGCCAGCGCCCACCCCAGGACCUGGGAUCCCACCUGCGACCUUCGGAAGGAAGACCUUGACCGGGGCUGCAGGAGGUCUGCGGGAGGCCCCCCAGGGCUUGUGUUCUGCUGGGCCACCCCGUUGUUCCUCGGGACUCCACGUCCCCGGCUCGGUGGCGUGCGCCCUGCUGUGGGACUGUCCUGUGCCCGCCGUAGGGCAGGGCCAGGCCCCGGGCAUGUGGGCCAGAAAUGGAGGGUCUGCCCUGGGGGGAGCGGGCAUGGCCGGCGCCCAUCUUCCUGGCGAGAGGCCACCCGCGGGGCCCUCAGGAAGGGAGACUGUGGGGAGAUGGAGGGCCGCCGGGUGGGGUGUAGCGGAGGCACCUUUUCGAGGACCCUGGGUGGGGCCGGGACCCGUGAGCUCUGGUGGCCGUUAGAAGUUCCUCUGUGUGUUGUUAUGCCCUGUGUUCAAUGGUUUCAGUCAAUGUUUCUGUUUAAUAAAUUUCCCUGAACGUUU